UCACAUGAUGCCAUUACGUCCAAUAAUGUGCGUAUCCCACUCGAUCUCACUAGGUGCAACAGUCGGUACAACUACUACUACUUCAGCUAUAGUUGGGUUCUGAGUUGAGUUUGUGAGAAACUAUGUCAAGCGGAGAAGUAUUGGUUAGUAAAGCAGACGGGAACGGCGGAAUAAUGGCUCUACAGAAGAACCUGGAGGGCUAUGUGGGCUUUGCAAAUCUUCCCAACCAAGUUUACAGAAAAUCUGUGAAGAGAGGUUUCGAGUUCACACUCAUGGUUGUUGGGGAAUCUGGGCUGGGGAAGUCGACGCUGAUCAACUCUCUCUUUCUGACAGACCUGUACUCCCCUGAAUACCCGGGUCCUUCGCAUAGAAUUAAAAAAACUGUACAGGUGGAACAGUCGAAGGUCCUGGUAAAGGAAGGAGGAGUGCACCUUCUGCUCACCAUCGUCGACACCCCCGGCUUCGGUGAUGCCGUUGAUAACAGUAACUGCUGGCAGCCGGUCAUCGACUACAUCGACAGUAAGUUUGAGGAUUACCUCAACGCAGAGUCCCGGGUCAACAGGCGGCUGAUGCCCGACAGCAGAGUGCAGUGCUGCCUGUAUUUCAUCGCUCCGUCUGGACACGGACUGAAGCCCCUCGAUAUUGAAUUUAUGAAACGGCUACAUGAAAAAGUAAACAUCAUCCCCCUCAUCGCAAAAGCAGACACAAUGACUCCUGAGGAGUGUCAACAGUUCAAGAAACAGAUCAUGAAAGAAAUCCAGGAGCACAAAAUCAAAAUCUACGAGUUCCCAGAGACAGAUGAUGAGGAGGAGAUGAAGAUGGUCAGGAAAAUCAAGGACCGUUUACCCUUGGCUGUAGUCGGUAGUAACACCAUCAUCGAGGUCAAUGGGAAGCGAGUGCGCGGGAGGCAGUACCCCUGGGGUGUGGCUGAAGUGGAAAAUGGAGAGCACUGUGACUUUACAAUCCUCCGGAACAUGCUGAUCAGGACCCACAUGCAGGACCUAAAGGACGUGACCAACAACGUUCACUAUGAGAAUUACCGCAGCAGGAAACUUGCUGCCGUCAACUACAACGGUGUGGACAACAAUAAGAACAAGGGACAGCUAACCAAAGCUGAGACGGCUGAUGGCAUGAGUCCUCUAGCCCAGAUGGACGAGGAGCGACGGGACCACGUGUCCAAGAUGAAGAAGAUGGAACAAGAGAUGGAACAAGUGUUUGAAAUGAAAGUCAAAGAGAAGCUCCAGAAGCUCAGAGACUCUGAGGUUGAGCUCCAGAGACGACAUGAACAGAUGAAGAAGAACCUGGAGGCCCAGCACAGAGAGCUGGAGGAGAAACGUCGCCAUCACGAGGAGGAGAAGGCCAACUGGGAGGCCCAGCAGAGGAUUCUGGAACAGCAGAAACUAGAUGCCUCCAGGACCUUGGAGAAGAACAAAAAGAAGAAGAUAUUUUAAUAACUCUGGAGGACCUUCGUGAUGUUACAGUGUAUUAUUUUUCCAACCUAUCAGCUCUUGAUUGUCAGAGCAUCUGUCAAUAAACUCCAUCCACUGUUUGACCAUAUUACUGUGUAAUAAUCAAGUGAAAGCCAGGGGGGCAGUAUUGCCUGGACUCUGAAUUUAACCAAUCCGUUCUCUGCUCAUCCUCAUGUUGCUCCUUCAAGAAUUGUUAUCUCUAAAUUGAUUCCGUGUGCAGUCCAGUUUCGGGUCGCACACAUCCCACAAAAUGAGUAUAUUCACAUAGAAAAGAGAGAACUGGUGUUCUUUAAUCAUGACAAAACAGGAGGGCGAAGUUCAGAGCUCAGUCUUUCUUUCCUCUUUUCUUCUUCUAUUUUGGGAAUGUUGGAUGCUGCACUGCUCUGUGCUGCAUUCUUUUAAUGCCAAAAAACCAAACAUAGAGGUCGGCCUUUCACUUCCUGUAGCAUGUGUCAGGCUGAAGCUCACCUCAGGCACUGUUUUUUUAUAUAUAUAUAUA